CCACAUAUUUUCUCGAAAGCAACCCCUCUUUCUCUUUACAUUCAAUAAUAAUUUAUUUUGUGUAUAAAAGAUUUAAAAAAUGUCUGAUAAUUCGGUCACUGAAGGUGACCCGCCUGCUGAAGAGGUAAGCAAGAAAAAUACUGAGGACGAUGCGGGCACCAAACCGCUGAAAAUGUCUUUUGCUGAUUGGAAAAAGAGUAAAGAAGCUAAUGAGGCAGAAUCCAUGCCAGAAAAAACACGCAGCGGACGUUUGCCGCAAAAGAAUGACAACAAACAGCAAAGCGGCAAUAGAAACAACCAUAAUUUUAAUAACAAUAACAACAACUCAUAUACACCACUAAGUCGACCGCCUCCAAUGCCAUUCCCACUGAUGUCGAUGGGAUUUGGGAAUUUUGGACCAGGUCCCGGUCCGUGUGGGCCGCCGCCAAUGAUGCCGCCGGCACAUCAUAAUAUGGGUCCAGGACCGGGUCAGCGCAACCAUCGGCCACUGCAGCCGCCACCGUUUUGGCAGGAUAUGAUGUCGCCACAACAUCGAACGCCACCAAUUCAGCCGCCAAUGCCCAAAUGUCCCAGCUUAUGGAAUCUCGUACCCAAGGAUAAGGGAAAUCAGCGGCAACACAAGAAUAACAAGCAACAAAAUCAACCAAAUAAAAAAUACAAGACCAGCAAUAAUGCAAAUAAUAAUUCAAAUAAAUCCUCGACAGAUGCUGCUCUGAUGCCGCCACCACCAGCACCUGGAGGCAGCAACAGUAGCAGCAGCAGCAGCACAACCAACACCACCAGCAACAACAGCAGCAGUAAUUCAGCAAAUGGAAUUGUCAAAAAGAAAAAAGGUGGAACAUUUGUACAAAUUGAUGGUAAAUGGAUACAAAAGCCAGAGGCGCCACCACCAUUGGAGGAGGCACCACCUGGCACCAAGGAAGAUCGACAGCGUCAGUGGAGAGAAUACCGUCAGGCAAUGAAACCAUUCAAAAAUCGGGAAUUUCAUAACUGGAAACGCACCGUUCAACGUCUGAGCAAAUUGCCGCGUAAUCAGCUCGAUGAAAGGCAGCUGGAACGCUUGCAGAAAGCUGAGGAAUACAUUGGCGCACACAAGGCAAUGUUGACCAUCAAACAUGCCGAGCACUGGGUACAGCAAAAUAAUCAAAAAUCAGCAGGCUCCGACUCUGGCACUGGACAAGGACAAGGACAAGUUUUCGUUCGCAAGCAGGCGGUCGCCACUUGGAAUAGAAAACCAGAUAACCAGAAUCCAUUUCCACCCGGUCCUGUUCCAGCUCGAAAACAGACCUUUGGUACGGGACGUGCUAUUAAAGGUGGCGUUAGUGGUGAUCUUAACAGCAUGCCACCACUACCAACAUCCGCACCGCCACCGCCAAUUGGUCAGUUUCCUGAUUUGUCAUGUCCACCGAUGGCCGGUGGCUAUUUCGGCCAGACACAAGGGUACAACAGCAGUGUAUACGGACAGGAAGCAGCCAGCAAUAACAACAACAGCAGCAGUCCGUUCUACGCCAGCUACAACUCAAAUUUCGUUAAGGGAGGCACUGCACUGCCGCCCUAGAACCCAGCGUCGGCAACAGCAUGGAGCGAAAGUUAUACCUAAUUUUAAGAUGAGUAACUUCAUCAUUUAGCCUGAUAAAUAAAUAAAUGUAAUAACUUAUUCCAAGGCA